UGCUAACCAUCCAGCCACAGAAAACCAAACGUGGAAAUUAAAUUCGUUUUUAUACCUCAGUUUUAAUUUAUCUUUUUUUUUCCGGGCUUCAGAAUCAAUCUGAGUGCCUACUGUUGUACUUUCACCGAGCAGCAGCAGCCGCAGCAGCCGCAGCAGCAAAGGCGACUGGCCGUGAGCCGAAACACAUUUACGCUCAAGCCGAGAGAAGAAACUUAAACAAAAUGUCUCGGCACAGAAAUGUUCGAGGUUAUAACUACGAUGAAGACUUUGACGAUGAUGACGUGUAUGGACAGUCUGUGGAUGAUGACUACUGUAUAUCACCAGCAACAGCAAAUCAGUUCAUCUACUCACGUCAAGAGAGGCAAGCACCAAGGGAGCAGCCUUUAGAAGAGGAAGCAUAUGAAGAUGACGUACCCAUGUCCCCUACCGUCAGCCUCAACCUAGACCCUCUUGAUCAAGCCAAACUGUUUUCCUGUCUGGACCAUAUGCGGACUGUGUUGGGAGAUGCAGUGCAAGACUCAGUCCUGACCCAGGCAGCCAUAAGCUGUGGAUUUGACCCACAGAAGGCCUUGGAUGCAGUCCUCUCUGAAGAUGCUAAGACAGCCCCAGUUACCAAAAGCACCAAUGAGGAGACAGCUUCAGCCGCAAUAGCAAGCCAGGAGAAAGCGCCGCUUCCACAAAGAAUCAAGAAAGAGGCCGUCGCUGAGAAAGCUAAAAGCAGAGACGUGUCCCACAAUAAACUGGACUCUGAAGUCGUCCCCAAAGUGGCCCGCAUGACCGUCUCAGGGAAGAAGCAGACCAUGGGCUUCGAUGUUCCCAGUGUGAACGGUGUGGUCGGGACCCCUGAACGCCCCACAGCAGCCUCGGCCUCCGAGGCCACGCCCAAGCGUCCAGAGACUCCAUCUAAAGGCUCAAAUGGAGACGAGCCCUCCACAGUUCCCACCCCGGGACGCUCUGGAAAGGCCCGGCAGACGAUCAACAUCAAGGAGGAACUGGAGAAGAGGCAGGGCGGCAAACCUCUGUUAAAUUUGGUGGUUAUAGGUCAUGUGGAUGCAGGUAAAAGCACUCUGAUGGGCCACCUGCUUUAUCUGCUGGGCAACGUCAACAAGCGCACCAUGCACAAGUAUGAGCAGGAGUCCAAGAAGGCGGGAAAGGCCUCCUUUGCUUAUGCUUGGGUCCUGGAUGAAACUGGCGAGGAGAGGGACAGAGGUGUGACGAUGGAUGUGGGCAUGACCAAGUUUGAGACGGACUCUAAGGUGGUGACUCUAAUGGAUGCGCCCGGACACAAAGACUUCAUCCCCAACAUGAUUACAGGAGCUGCACAGGCCGACGUGGCGGUGCUCGUAGUGGACGCCAGCCGGGGGGAGUUCGAGGCGGGCUUCGAGGCUGGGGGGCAGACCAGAGAACACGCCCUGUUGGUGCGCUCGCUCGGCGUCACUCAGCUCGCUGUCGCUGUCAACAAGAUGGACCAGGUAAACUGGCAACAACAGCGUUUCCAAGACAUUACUUCCAAACUUGGACAUUUUCUCAAGCAGGCAGGAUUCAAGGACUCUGAUGUUUACUACAUCCCCAGCAGCGGCCUGUCAGGAGAGAACCUCACCACCAGGAGUUCAGUGUCAGAGCUCACAUCCUGGUACUCUGGCCCCAGCCUGAUGGAGCAGAUUGACGCCUUCAAAGCCCCUCAGCGAUCUUUAGAAAAACCGUUCAGACUGUGCGUUUCCGAUGUGUUCAAAGACCAGGGUUCAGGCUUCUGUGUUUCCGGGAAGAUCGAGGCCGGUUACAUUCAGACCGGAGAAAGAAUACUGGCUAUGCCCCCCAAUGAAACCUGCACGGUCAAAGGUAUCACUCUUCACGAUGAGCCUCUAGACUGGGCUGCAGCAGGAGACCAUGUCAGCCUGACGGUCACCGGCAUGGACAUCAUCAAGAUCAAUGUGGGCUAUGUGUUCUGUGAUCCCAAGGAGCCUGUACGAGUGUGUACUCGGUUCAGAGCCCGGAUCCUUCUCUUCAAUAUCGAGGUCCCCAUCACACAAGGCUUCCCGGUAUUGCUGCAUUACCAAACAGUGAGUGAGCCAGCCACCAUUAGGAAACUGAUAAGUGUUCUACACAAAAGCAGCGGCGACGUCAUCAAGAAGAAACCAAAGUGUUUGAGUAAAGGUAUGAAUGCCAUCGUGGAGAUCCAGACGCAGAGGCCGGUGGCAUUAGAGCUGUACAAAGACUACAAGGAACUCGGCCGCUUCAUGCUCAGAUAUGUCGGCUCCACCAUCGCUGCAGGGGUCGUCACUGAGAUCAAAGAAUGAGGAGCGUUUCCAUGGACACAGAGCCGGUCUGAACUUGCUCUACAGGCUGCCUGCAGCCAGAGACAAAGUGCAAUUCCUCCACAGAUGUCCCUCAGGGACUCAGCGUCAUUUUCAUCCAUCCAGCUGCUCCGACUGACUGCUCCAAACAACACUAAACUGCAUGGAUAUGCGGCAAGAUGAUCCAGCCUCCUGCGACAAACAGGCGCAUUACCCAGCCACCCCAUAACUUCAGAUUUAUUUUCGUCUGACUUUGUUUUUUUAGUAAAAUCAGGCCAAAUUAAGAAUAUAAUCCGACUUUGAAAGACACUUUUACCAACCAGAGAUUUCCACAGUUAUUUAUCUCACUGUACUUCCCUCUAAGCAACCUUUUCUUGACUGAAAAAGCAUGAAUCCUGUUGGAACAACUAUUGAAACUAGAGCAGUCAACAGAUCAGCUGUGGUGUAAGCAGAACAUUUCUUUAUGCUGUAACAGAUGUCCAGAUUUCUCCUUCAUGUAAAGGUUAAGAUGAGGAUAUACACCCCAGUUGUUUUGCAUAAUAAGGCCCUCCUGAGAUUUUUAAUUUAGACCGAGAUGAACAAAUGAAAUUAAGUUAUUAGAUAUUAUUUUGACCAUAGUAUGUUGACAUCUCAUACAACAUAGCCAAUGGGACACAGUUCACUCGAACCAAGCGAGAAUAGUUUGUGAGCAAAAAAGGGAAACUAAAAUCUUCACCACUGGACAAAGACACAUUUGUCUAAUUUAAGUUAACAAAAUACUUGAAAUGCUUCCACAGUAAAGCACCAACAUGCUUUUUGAAGUACUCAUCUGUGUUUUGUUUUUUCUUUCAAAGACUUGGUUAAAUGAAGAAGUGCAGCUGUGUUUCUGUUUUCUUCAUGUGUUGUUGAAGGUGUUGUGAAGGAGGACGAUGCAAAAUGAACAUGACGUCAGUAAUCUGUGGUUUCAGUUUUGAUUUCAGCAGUGUUAACUUUAUCUUCAAUUGAAAAAAAGUGCAAGGAUUCUUGAUAGUUUAAAAUACAUAUGCUAAGUAAAGUAAGAAAUGAAAAUGUAGAGGUGAUAGCUUCCUGUCGGGUUUGACAGUGACACGGCUGGGGUUGUUACUGCUGGAGUGGAAAGCACCAAAAAAAAGAAGAAUGCACAUCGAAGGGAAAAUAGGUCAGAGUUUUAGAAAAAUGCCCACAACGCUUUUCCAGUUUCCAGUGGUGGACUCUGAAGUGACAAGCAUGUGUAACCGCGGCUUACAAAGUUCCACUUCACAAAAAAUGACUUGAAAGACAAGGACAAUUAAAGUCAAAAUGGUGUGAGAACUUUAAGAAUUUUAUGGCAAAGAAUCCUAAGUUCCCAGGCUCCUGACAUAUGCUGUAGUAGUCGGUAUACUAAGACAUCAAGAGUGCAAUACAAAUAUUGAAAGGGACAUAGUGCAUGUAAAGUUCAGGAAUAAGUCAACUAUACUCAUAUAAACCAUAAUGAGAUUAUAGGGUGGAAAGUUAUUACAUAACAGUCACAAAAUGUGGGUCGAAGGUGUUGUUAGGUUGUGCCUCUGAUUUAAAGUUUAUAUAGUCCUUGUAUGCAUGCACAGGAAAGAAUGUGUGCAUUGAAGAUACACACUGAAUGAACUGAAAUAUAGUGUAAUUGUAUGCUUUUGGGAUUUUUUAAAUGUCUUUGAAUUGCAUAAUUUGGAAGGUUUUGUGCGCAGACUGUGUCUUUUAGGUGAUACUCAGGUAUCUGUUAAAUGUGACACAUACCGCUAAAUAAUUUUCAUUAAAUCUAAUAUGGCUGAUUAUA